AUGACAGAGGAACUUGAUUUUCUUCAACGCAUAUAUACAUGGGAUCUUGUUCCUCUCCAUCUGGUGUUAUUCCUAUCAGCUGUUGAUUGGUCUAUCGAGUCAAGACUCGAGCCGCUGGUUGUAUUGAGCGCCACAAAGCACGUCUUAUUGCUCGUGGUUUUAGUUAGGAUUAGAUGUGACAAUGCCUUCUUAUAUGGAGAUCUCUCUGAGAGCAUUUAUAUGAUUCUUCCUCCUGGUUUUUCUCAUCCUUCUCAACAUGUUUGUCAUCUUCGCCGAGCUAUCUAUGGCUCAAACAGGCUUCUCGUGCCUAGUUUGAGCGGUUUCGCAAUGUGUGAUGAUGUCGAUAUUGUUCUUUCCUUGAAACAACAGUUACACACCGAGUUUCAGAUGAAAGAUCUUAGCCCUCUUUGUUACUUUCUGGGUCUUGAGCGACUCUCCUCUUCUGAUGGUGAGCUUUUGCCUGAUCCUACUCACUAUCGUGCACUUAUUGGUGCUCUUGUCUAUCUGACCAUUACUUGGCUUGAUAUUGCAUAUGAUGUUCAUGUUCUUAGUCAGUUGUGUGCCUAUUAUGAUGAUGAUUGGAUUUUGAUGGACUUUGGUGUCUCUAUCUCUGUCCCCACUCAUAUAUACUGUGAUAACCAGAGUGCCAUUAAAAUCGCUGCCAACCCUAUAUUUCAUGAAUGUACGAAGUAUCUUGAGAUCGCUCUUCACUUUGUUUAUCAUCGUUAUCUUGCUGGCAGUAUUCUUCUUCCCUAUGUUGUCUCGACACAGAAGCUUACUGAUCUUUUCACUAAGGCACAUACUGUUUCUCGAUUUAAGUUUUUAGUUGACAAACUCUUGGUUUAUGACCCAUCGUGA